GCGAGAUCUAACUAUUAUGUAGGCAAAGUUAUAUUUUUUAAGCAAGAAAGCGGCAAAAUGAUAGAAAAGAACUACUGGGUUCCCGCAAAGGCUUUCCGACCCGAAAGCGAGCUAGCCGAGAAAAAUAUAUGGCAUAAAGGAUUUACACCGACUUACGAGCAGGAGGAGCCACAAAUGGGACUGAUUCUAUCCUGGCACUACGGAAGACAGUGGCUGGAAGAGCGCAAUUCCCAUGGAAAGGAAACAAAGAAAAAAAUAAAGACAGGAGCCAAAUUCAUUCCACCCGACUACAGCAGUUGGCUUGAGAAGCGCAGGAUAAAUAAGACAAGACAACAGCUGCUGAAAUCCUGAUUAAGUUCAUUGCUGUUUGUUGAUUUAAGCAGUUCGUCAAGCUGAAUCCUUUCCUUACCUU